UUCUUCAUCAUUCGCCUGGACCGGCCUUCUCUCCCCUCGGGGGCACAAAGGGCGAGGGGAGAUGAUCAAAAAAUGGGAAGCGGGAAUCGCAGAAUUUGGCACCCAAAAUGCAGCGCCAAACUCCUCCAUUUUUCAAUCACAGGUCUGUGUCCGUACAUCCAUCGGGGGUGCUGCGCCUCUACAAGUGAACACACGGCUCUCGUUUUUCAAACCCCGCGCCCAUUCACUUCCAAGCCUCAACUGUUGGCGCCACCGCCAUUUCUUCGGCUUCUAAAAUCCCUAAAUCCCUUCUUCUUCGCCAUCUACAUUCUGCGCUUCCAUUUCCCUUGCAUUGAACUCACUAUCGAUCUCUUUCCAUUUAUGAAUUUUUGAGCGAACAUGGUUGUGAAGUCUCGGGUACUACACUCUGCUGUCAAUGGAGAGCUGCAUUCUCCUGUAACUCCCGAGGAGAAGCCGAAGAGCCAUAAAGUAGCUACGCAUGGGCGAAAGAAUGCUAAAGCUGCUAAACCGGAGGGAGAUGCGGAGGAGCCAUCUCCUUCUCCACAGAGGAGGACGAGUGCACGAAUCCAGUUGAAGCAGUUGGCUGAGAAGAAGGAGCUCUUAGCGCGUCAAAGAGUAGAGGUGCUUGAUGAACCCGAAAGUGCCAGCAAAAGGAAGAAGACGAAUGGCCAGGUAAAAAGUAAGCGUAAUACUACUCCGAGUGUUGCGGAAGAGGUGGUGGAAGAUAAGGCCGUUGCUGUUCCGGUAUCCAAUGACGUCGCUGAAUCUAAGGACGGUGAUGCGAGCGAGCCAUUGGAACUGUGUGCGUCAGAAAAGAGUAGAACUGGCGACGAAGGUGGUCCGGCUAAUAUAGUUGAGAAGAGUGACCAUGCCAAGGUGAAGGAGACACUCAGGUUGUUCAACAAGUACUAUCUUCAUUUUGUACAGGAAGAGGAGAAGAGGUGCAAAAAAGCAGAAGUAGCUCAAAAAGCUUCCAAACGAUCAAAAUCUGAGGAGGCACCUGCCGAAGACACAAAACACAAAUCUAAGCGACCGGAUUUGAAGGCAGUUUCAAAGAUGUUGGAGGCAAAUGAAAUUUUGAACCAUGAGAAAAGAAUUGGCAACGUUCCAGGUAUCAAUAUUGGGCAUCGAUUCUAUUCAAGGGCUGAAAUGGUAGCUGUUGGGUUUCACAGCCACUGGCUGAAUGGAAUUGAUUAUAUGGGGUUGUCGUACAGCAAAAUGUAUAGUAAUUACUCCUUCCCACUUGCGGUGGCCAUUGUUUUAUCUGGGAUGUAUGAGGAUGAUUUGGAUAAUGCUGAGGAUGUCAUAUACACCGGUCAAGGUGGGCAAAACUUAACGGGCAACAAACGUCAGAUACGGGAUCAAGUAAUGGAACGUGGUAAUUUGGCUCUCAAGAAUUGUAUUGAGCAAGCUGUUCCAGUUAGAGUGGUCCGGGGGCAUGAAUGUGCUAGUAGUUACUGUGGGAAACUUUACACGUAUGACGGCUUGUAUAAGGUUAUACAGUAUUGGGCAGAAAAAGGUAUUUCUGGAUUUACAGUGUUUAAAUUUCGACUUAGGCGGAUUGAAGGACAGUCAUUGUUGACUACAAACCAGGUUCAAUUUGUUUACGGUCGGGUUCCCAAGUCAGUUGCAGAAAUACGUGGGUUGGUGUGCGAGGAUAUAACUGGGGGUCAGGAGGAUAUUCCGAUUCCAGCUACUAAUUUGGUUGAUGAUCCACCUGUCGCACCCAUAGGUUUCACUUAUUGUAAAUCUAUUAAAGUUGCACAUGGCGUGAAACUUCCUUCAAAUGCUAAUGGAUGUGACUGCAUAGGAUCAUGUAUAGAUUCAAGGACAUGUUCAUGUGCUAAGCUUAAUGGGUUAGACUUUCCAUAUGUGCAUCGUGAUGGUGGAAGACUUAUAGAAGCCAAGGAUGUAGUCUACGAAUGCGGUCCCAAUUGUGGUUGUGGUCCUGGUUGUGUGAAUCGUACUUCUCAGAGGGGGAUCAAAUAUCGACUUGAGGUUUUUCGAACACCAAAGAAAGGGUGGGCUGUAAGGUCAUGGGAUUUUAUACCUUCUGGUGCACCUGUUUGUGAAUACACAGGAAUACUUACAAGGACAGAGGAUCUUGAUCAUGUAUCUGAAAAUAAUUACAUCUUUGAAAUUGAUUGCUUGCAAACAAUCAGUGGCAUCGGUGGACGAGAGAGGCGCUCAAGAGAUGCAUCUUUGCCCGCAAACAAUUCUUCGGAUGGAAUAGAUGAUCAAAGAUCUGAGAGUGUGCCAGAGUUCUGCAUCGAUGCUUGUUCCACUGGAAAUAUUGCAAGGUUUAUCAAUCAUAGUUGUGAACCUAAUCUUUUUGUCCAAUGUGUAUUGAGCUCACAUCAUGACAUCAAACUUGCUCGAGUGGUACUAUUUGCUGCAGAAAACAUACCACCUCUCCAGGAACUGACAUACGACUAUGGCUAUGCACUUGAUAGCGUGUAUGGUCCAGAUGGGAAGAUAAUACAGAUGCCCUGCUUCUGUGGUGCAACUGAGUGUAGGAAACGCUUGUUUUAGUCAAGGGAAGCCUUUCAGAUGCUGGUACAUCAUGAUUACGGUGGGCAGAAAUACUACGGGUAUGGAAUUGCCACCCUUUGAAUGGACAAUGGGAAGAUGGCGUGGAAGUGGAAGAUCAUAGAGAAGGAACUGAAAUACAAGGAGCCAGUCAAACAAACAAGCUGCCUUGAAAAGGUAUGUGCUGAAAUAUGUCAUCACAUUUUUAAGUUAAUGAUGAAAUGUCAUUUUGGUAUAACUGUGAACAGUCGAAACUUGCAGCUUUAUGCUCAUGUAUCAUGAAUUGACCUAGUAAUCCAUAGGAUUUAAUUCAUGAUAAUCGCUUAGGAUUUAA